AUUCAGCCACGCCCACCCCAGCCAAACUCCAGAGUCCGGAGCGGAGCGGGUGUCAGUUGGGAGGUGUGUGGGGUCGGAGCGAUGUUUGUGCCGGGGGUUUGGUUCCUGCUGGUGCCGCUGGGUUUGGCGCUGACACAGGAGCUGCCGACUAAUGGGGUGAAUGGAUUCAGUCUGCACCCGCCCUACUUCAACCUGGCGGAGGGAACCAAGAUCUCAGCCUCGGCCACCUGCGGGGAAGGGGAGGAUGAGCGGCCGGCGGAGGAUCUUUAUUGUAAACUGGUGGGGGGACCCGUGUCCGGAGAUCCCAGUCGGACUAUUCAGGGACAGUAUUGUGACGUGUGUGUGGCAAACAGCAGAGACAAAUCUCACCCCAUCUCCAAUGCAAUUGACGGCACCGAACGCUGGUGGCAAAGCCCUCCGCUGUCUCGUGGGCUCGAGUACAACCAAGUCAACGUCACUCUGGAUCUGGGACAGGUUUUCCACGUUGCCUACGUCCUAAUUAAAUUCGCCAACUCGCCCCGACCUGACUUGUGGGUGCUCGAGAGGUCCACGGAUUUUGGGGUUACCUACCAUCCCUGGCAAUAUUUUGCCUCAUCCAAGAGAGACUGCCUGGAGCGCUUCGGACCCCAAACUUUGCAGAGGAUCGUUAGGGACGAUGAUGUCAUUUGUACCACCGAGCAUUCCCGUAUCGUGCCGCUGGAGAACGGAGAGAUUGUGGUCUCUUUGGUAAACAAACGCCCCGGUGCCAUGAAUUUCUCAUACUCCCCCCUUCUGAUGAACUUCACCAAAGCCACAACCAUCCGCCUGAGGUUCCUAAGGACCAACACCCUGCUGGGACAUCUUAUGGGCAUAACGCUGAGGGAUCCCACAGUGACCCGCAGGUAUUACUACAGCAUCAAGGAUAUCAGCAUUGGUGGACGGUGUGUAUGUAACGGGCAUGCGGAGGUGUGCAACGCCAAGGAUCCGGCCAACCCCUACAGACUCCAGUGCGACUGCCAACAUAAUACCUGCGGCACAUCAUGCGACACCUGUUGCCCUGGUUACAACCAGUUACAGUGGAAGCCCGCAACCAAGGAUAACGCCAAUGAGUGCGAACCCUGCAACUGUAAUGGGCACGCGUACGACUGUUACUACGACCCAGAGGUGGAGAGACGCAGAGCCAGCAUGGACCGCCACGGAAACGUCGUAGGAGGAGGAGUCUGUGUGGAUUGUCAGCAUAACACAGACGGUGUCAACUGCGAGCGCUGCAUUGUGGGUUACUAUAAAUCCCCCGACUACCCCACCAACUCCCCUCACACGUGCCAGCGCUGUAGCUGUGACUCUGAAUACAUGGACGGGUCCUGCGAGGAUCUGACCGGAAGGUGCUACUGCAAACCCAACUACACCGGCGAGAACUGCGAGUCCUGUGCCGAGGGCUUUAUGGACUUCCCAAGCUGCUACCCUGUUCCAGAUCAACCCAAUGGCGGAGGCACUGGGGAACAGGUCCGGCCGGUUGGAGAAAUAAUCAACUGUGACUGCCAUGUUGCUGGGACGGAGGGGAACGCUUGCCGCAAAGACCCUUUUGUCGGAGCUUGCGUCUGCAAACCCAACUUUCAGGGGGAUACAUGCGAAGCCUGCGCCCCCGGAUACUUUGGCCCCAACUGCCUGGACUGUCAGUGCUCAGGACCAGGCGUGUUGGAUGGAAGUUGCGACAAAGAGAGUGGCCAGUGCGUGUGCCGGAGUGGAUUUGAAGGUUUCCUUUGCGAUCAGUGUGGCCCUGGAUUUUUCAACUACCCCCUGUGCCAGUUGUGCGGCUGCAGUCCUGUCGGCACUUUACCGCAAGGCUGUGACCCCAAUGGACGCUGCAUGUGUAAGCCUGAGUACGACGGCCCACGCUGUGAGCAGUGCAUUGUGGGAUAUCACUCUUACCCUUACUGCCAAGCUUGUUCCUGCAAUCCUCGGGGUGCUGUGGACAAUAAUUGCACGCCUACUGGUCACUGCCAGUGUCACCCCAAUUACGCGGGGCCCAUCUGCAGUCAGUGUGCUGCUGGUCACUAUGGCUACCCCAGCUGUACAUCUUGUCAGUGUUCCGCCGAGGGGUCACUACACAACACAUGCAACCCGCAGAGUGGCCAGUGCCUUUGCCGUCACUCGUUUACCGGCUUGCGAUGCGACUCCUGCUCCUCCGGAAUGUAUGGUUUCCCCGACUGCCGAGUUGGCUCUUGCAACCCGUCUGGAUCGAAGUCCCUUAGUGUCAACUCCCUGGAGGGGUCCUGCGAGUGCCGGGAUCAUGUGGAGGGGGCAGCGUGUGAUAAGUGCAAGCCUUUAUACUGGAAUCUGGCCCCUGAAAAUCCCAAUGGAUGCACAAGAUGUCAUUGUGGAUCUGACGGCACCUUAAAUGGAGUGGGAGAAUGUCGGCAGGUGAGUGGGCAAUGCUUCUGUAAGCCCAACAUCUGUAGCCGCACGUGCAGCACCUGUAAGGAUGGGUAUUACAACCUGCAGCCCAGCAGUUACUUUGGGUGCCAGGGAUGCCAGUGUGACAUCGGAGGCUCCAUUGGGCUGGCUUGCCAUGAGAAGACUGGAGCCUGUCAGUGCCGGGAGAAUGUGCAAGGACCCCAGUGUAACCAGCCAGCACCCAAUCACUACUUUCCUGACCUUCAUCACCUGAGGUACGAGGUAGAGGAUGGUGUGAUGGACGAUGGGAGGCCAGUCCGCUUUGGCUACAACCCUCUGGAGUUUGAGAAUUUUAGCUGGCGAGGAUAUGCUCAGAUGUCACCCUUCCAGCCUAAGGUGGUGCUGACCAUCAACGUCACAUCUCCAGACCUCUUCCGAGUGGUUUUCCGAUUUGUGAAUAGAGGAACGGAGAGUGUGUAUGGCAAAGUCUCCUUUAUCGAAGAGAGGCCGUUCAAUGCUUGUGUCAACUGUUCUGAACAGACCAAGCGGAUUGUCUUCCCCCCAAACACCGAACCCACCUUUGUCACAGUCCCGCAGAGUAGUUUUGGGGAACCAUUUGUCCUGAACCCCAAUGUCUGGUCUGUAGUCAUCGAGGUAGAAAACGUACUGCUGGACUACCUGGUCCUGCUGCCCAGUGCAUAUUAUGAGGCUCCAAUUCUUCAGGUGAAGGUUACCGAAGCUUGUACCUACAUACCCACCUCUGAGCAGAACUCUCAAAACUGCCUCCUGUACAAGUAUCUGCCACUGGAUGGAUUUUCCUCUUCUAGCGGAAGUGAGGGCAUAUGCCGAAUGGAUAACAGCCUGCCUAGACCAUGCCAGUUGGAACACAUCACACCUCGCCACCCACCAAUGGCUAUGUGCUAUGGAAGUGAUGUUGAUGUCCAGUUCCGCAUGGCAGUGCCCCACCCUGGACGCUAUGUGGUUCUAGUGGAAUAUGCCAAUGAGGAGGAAGAGCAAAACACGAGUGUCAUGGUGAAUUCUCCUCCACAUCCCCCACAGCAUGGAACCGUCAACUUCUACCCCUGCAAAUAUAGCUUCUUGUGCCGCGGGGUCGCUCUUGACCAGCAUCACAGAGUGGCCACAUUUGACCUCACCACAGAAGCCACCAUUCGCUUAACAGCAGAUCGGACACACUUCUACCUCAGUAAAAUCUAUCUGAUUCCCGCCGACCAGUUCUCCAUGGAGUUUAUCAGUCCUCGAGUUCACUGCAUCUCUACGCACGGCUCCUUCUCUCCAAGCAGCGGGUCCUGCAUUCCCUCGAGAUUCCAGAAACCUUCACAGUCAGUGGUCUUGUCGGAAGGAAAGACUGGGUCUAUUCCCUCCAACAUUCCCCUCUCUCAGGGAUUUGUACCAUCCUUCCCAUAUGGACAAACUGUUUCGUCCCAGCCAGAAACACUUCCCCCAACUGCUGUUGACUCCACUAGAUUGGUCCAUUUGCACCCUGUGCAGUCAGUGGUGGGAUACAACGGAAGAGUCCAAACACCAGGACGUUACGCAUUUAUUGUGCAGUAUUAUCAGCCGUCUCACCAGACCUUUGCCAUUGAGGUGCGGGUGCAAGGCGGGCGUGUCUGGCAAGGUUUAGCAAAUGCUACUUUCUGCCCCCACGGUUAUGGCUGUCGCAGUUUAGUAGUGUCAGAGAACCAAGUUGUACUUGACGUGACGGAUAAUGAUCUCUCUGUGACCAUACGUGUUCCUGAUGGCAAGAUCGUCUGGAUUGAAUACGUGUUGGUAAUUCCAGAGGACAGUUACAGUUCCAGCUAUCUGGUGGAAGAACCACUGGAUAAAUCCUAUCAUUUUAUCAGUCAGUGCGGAGCCAACAGCUUUCAGAGCAACCCUGCCAAUUCCCAGUUCUGCAGAGAUGCUGCCAUCUCCCUUUCUCUCUUCUAUAACAAUGGUGCCCAGUCUUGCAACUGCCAUGAGGCUGGAGCUUUGGGCACUGCUUGUGAACCACAUGGAGGGCAGUGCAACUGUCGACCCAAUGUAAUUGGCAGAGAUUGCUCCCGUUGCGCCACUGGGUACUGGGGAUUCCCCAACUGCAGACCAUGUGACUGUGGCUCACGGCUCUGUGAUGAGGUGACUGGGAAGUGUAUUUGUCCCCCUCGCACUGUAAAACCAGAAUGCAUCGCAUGCCAGCCCCAGACAUUUGGUUGCCACCCUCUGGUUGGCUGUGAGGAGUGCAACUGCUCUCCAACUGGACUGCAAAACAAGACGGAACCAGGAUGUGAUAUACAAACCGGGCAAUGCACAUGCAUGCCAAACAUUGUGGGCAGGAGGUGUGAACGAUGCGCCCCUGGGUUCUAUGGCUAUCCUGUCUGCAGACCCUGCAGCUGCAACCGAGAUGGGGUGGAGCCAAGCAUCUGUGACCCUGUUACUGGAAAAUGUCAUUGCAAGGAAAACGUUGAAGGCUUGACCUGUGACCAUUGCCGUUUGGGUACCUUCUAUCUGGAUGCUGCAAACCCAAAGGGCUGUACCAGAUGCUUCUGUUUCGGAGCCACUGAUCGCUGCCACACAGCUUCCAAAUAUCGAGCAGAGUUUAGCGACAUGAAUGGAUGGGUGUUGGUGGGCGGAGAUCGACAAGAGGUGGAGAUUUCUGUCCAUCUAGAGGAAUGGCUCGUUGAUGCCAAUCUUGAAGAUGUUCCCGAUGUCUACCAGGAGUUCUACUGGCACGCGCCUCAUUCAUACCUGGGAGACCGGGUUUCAUCCUACGGUGGAUUCCUCCGCUAUGAGCUCCAUUCAAAAGCUAUAAGAGGAGACCAACCAUCUAUCCCAGUGGAAAGGAGACCAGAUAUUAUUCUGAAGGGCAAUCAGAUGAGCAUUGCACAUUUGCAGACCAAAUACCCAGUGUCAGGAGAACAUUACCAUGGCCAAAUACAUUUGGUUGAGGGUAACUUCCUCCAUGCCCAGACUUACAAUCCAGUUUCACGUGAAGAGCUUAUGAUGGUGUUGGCCAAUCUGGAUCAGCUUCUGGUCAGAGCUCUGAACUCGCAGUCGUCUUCCUCCGUGUCGCUACGCAGAGUCGUCUUAGAUAUCGGGCAAGAAAGCAAUGUCGGAGUCCGAGCCCCUGAAGUGGAAUUGUGCAUGUGCCCAGCUAACUACCGUGGAGAUUCCUGUCAGGAAUGUGCUCCUGGGUAUUACAGGGACACCAAAGGUCUUUUCUUGGGCAAGUGUGUCCCAUGCAACUGUGGGGGUCACUCAGACCAGUGUUUGCCUGGCACAGGCACUUGUGUGAAAUGCCAGCACAAUACAGAAGGAGAUCGGUGCGAGAGGUGCAAAGAUGGAUUUGUGUCUAAUGGGACUGUGGAUGGAUUCUUGCAGUGCGUAUCCUGCCCCUGUCCUCUUUCAGUGCUGUCCAACAAUUUUGCUAUUGGAUGUUUUCAAAGAGGCUCCACCUUCCAGUGUCUCUGCAAGCUGGGCUAUGCCGGAGCCAACUGUGAAAGAUGUGCGCCAGGUUUCUAUGGUAAUCCCAUGGUGAUUGGCAGUUCCUGCAAGCCCUGCAACUGCAACGGGAACACGGAUUCCAACAUGCUUUUUAGCGACUGUGAUCCCCUGUUCGGCACCUGUUCCAGUUGUGUUUUUAACACCGCCGGGCAGCAUUGUGAAUUGUGUGCCCCUGGGUUCUACGGAGAUGCAGUGAGAGCCAAAAACUGCACAAGGUGCGACUGCUCGCCAUGUGGAACUGAAUCAUGUGACUCCAGGACAGGAAGAUGUUUCUGUAAACCUGGCGUGAUGGGGCCACGAUGUGACCGCUGUGAGGAAGGGUACUAUGGCUACAGCCGAUGCACUGGCUGCCAGAAGUGCAGUUGUGCUGCAGGAUCAGCCAGUGCCACAUGUGACCCUGUCAGCGGUCAGUGCCUCUGUCUUCCUGGGGUUACCGGCCCUCACUGCCAGCAGUGUGCCCCUGGGUAUUGGGGGUUCAGCCCCAGUGGCUGCACAAAGUGUCACUGUAAAGGUGGAUCCUGUGACCCACGAACGGGUGAGUGCCAGUGCAGCGACGGACUGACCGGGAAGCAGUGUGACACCUGUAGCCGCCAGUAUGAGAUACCGGUUAGCCAUGGGCCGGAGGUUCUGAAAUGCGAGCCAUGCGACAGUUGUGUGGUGACCCUUCUGAAAGAUCUUGAUCGAAAUGGUGACUUCCUACCCAGUGUCAGAGACCAACUUGCCAACCUGAGCAUUAGUGCUAUCGCCUGGAACCGCCUCAGCUCCCUCAACAUCUCCAUCGCCAAUCUGACAGAGCUGUGGCUUCAGUAUCAGGGUGCUAUUAAUGACAUUAAAGAUAAGGCUGAUGAUAUGGAAGAUCACAGCAUCAGCCUUGCGCAGGAUCUAGAUGCCCUGCAGGACAAGGUGAAUAUGACAAACAAAACAGCCAUCAGUGUGCAAAGGUCAACUAAAAACACCCAUCAACGGGCUGGAGAUCUGCUCAACAAAGUGCAGUCACUUUACAAUGUUUCCCAGGGAAUGGUACAACAAUUAAAGAAUAUCGGGUUGUCGAACAGCAGCAAUGUCACCUCCACCGAGGAGUUCCGGCAGAUCAUGUCCGAGGUCGAGCGCAUGAUGAAGGAGUUGAGAGGCAGGGAUUUCCAGCACCAAAGUCACCUGGCGAAAAAGGAGUACAACGAAAGCAUAAAAUUGUUGAAUCGGGUUAAGGCAGAGCUUGUCAGCAGCCUACAGACGAACCAGGAACUUCUGAGUGAGACCAAAAGGCGGCUGGAUACCUACAGCUCAGAAGUCAUGGAUCUCAGAGAUGCUCUCAAUGACUCAGUGAACAAGACCAGGCAGACAGAGGAUCUUAACAGUGCUAACCAAAAUACUCUGGAGGAAUAUCUGCUUAAAGUCAGUGACCUAAAGAAACAGCAUAAUGAGUUGGUGUCAGCAAUAAAGAUGGCAGAGGAUGCCCUUGUGCAAGUGUCUGAUCUCCUCCAAAUGAUGGAAAACUUGAAAGAAGAAUAUGAGAAGCUGGCUGCAGGCCUUGAUGGAGCCCGGGGAUCUCUCAUAGAAAAGGGAAAGAAGUUCUCCCCAGCGAGCAGCAAGAUUCCUAUAGUGGAGAAGGCCGAGAUGCACGCUAAGGAUUUAGGCCAACUGGCAAAGGCCUUGUUUAGUGCUAUUGGGGAUGCCAAUCAGGAUGGUUACAUUCAGAAAGCCAUCAACGCCUCGGAUGCCUACUCCACCAUUAUCGAUGCGGUUAAACAGGCAGAAAAGGCAGCAAAAGAGGCCAAUCGAGUGGCUGGUGAUGCAGUAAAGAAUAUCUUAAAUGAGGAACUUGGCAAGAAAGGCAAAGAACUAAAGCAAAAGAGUUCUCAGCUAGAGGAUUCUGCCAGAGCUGCAGAGGAUGAAAUAAGCCAAGAUGUGCAGAGUAAAUUGCAGGAGGCCAAGACCAAGCUUCAAAAUAAUAGAGCAAAGAAGGAGAAGCUGCAGGCCAAUCUGCAAUCUAUUGUGGACAAAAUCAGCAUGACUCGAGAUAAUGUGACCGAUGACAUAACAAGUGCCAAGUUUAAGGCGGCUGAGGCGAAUGACACUGCCAACAGAGUGGAAGACUCCCUGAUUGACAUCAAAAAGAACCUUGAGUCAUGGAAAGAGAAGUAUGGCAACUUGCAGAAUGAAGAUGUGACCAAGGCUAUCGAGGAAGCAAAAACAUCCGUCUCUGAUCUGGUGAGCACAAUUCCACUGCUGCUGGAUAAAGUGAACCAACUGGAAAACCGCCAGACUCAGAACAACAGCAUAUCGGAUAGUAUCAAACGCAUCCGGGAACUCAUUUCACAAGCCAGAGACGCUGCCAGCAAGGUCAAGGUCCCGGUGAAAUUUAAUGGCAGUUCUGGGGUGCAAAUGCGCACCCCUAGUGAUGUGCCAGAUCUCGCAGCCUACACCUCACUAAAGUUACACAUCCAGAACCCAGACCCCCAGACUAAGAAGAAGCGGCAAGCGGAGACAGAGCAGGGGAGAUUCGUCCUGUUCCUCGGGCAUAAAGAUGGUACUGGUGAUUACCUAGGGUUGGUUCUGAAAGGUAACAAGCUGCAGUGUGUCUACAAGUUAGGGGAUGAAGAACCCACUUUUUUGUCAGCCAAUGAAGAUAUCAAGGAAGAGUUUGUCACAGUAGCCAUUGAAAGGAUUCUUCAGUACGGCCAGAUGUCCAUAUUUGUGACAAAGGACACUUUGCAUGAGAUCAAAGGGGACAGCACAGCUAGCGGUGAAAAAGGUCUGCUGAACCUGGACCCAGAACGGGUGGUGUUCUAUGUUGGUGGAUAUCCUGCUGAAUUUAUGCCACCAGCACUCUUGAACUAUCCUGGCUACCGAGGGUGCAUUGAGAUGGACACACUGAACGAGAAACCCAUCAGCCUGUACGACUUUGAACGAACAUUUGAACUUGAUACCAAAAAGGACAAGCCAUGCGCCAGAUCCAAGUCUACAGGAGACCCUUGGCUUACGGAAGGAUCAUACUUUGAUGGGACGGGUUACGCAGAAGUUAAGUUGGAAACCCUUCCUGGUUCCUCCAAGAGGUUUGAGCUGGAUGCUCGUCUGGUCUCUUACAACGGGAUCCUCUUUUACCUCGAUGCUGAAGAGCAGUUUCUGAGCCUCGCAGUUCAAGAGGGAAAAUUGGCUUUGUUUUAUGACAUUGGAGAUGGUCUUCAGAUGUCUAAGCCAAUGGAACCAUAUAAGCUACAAAUCAGCAGUUCCACCACUAAAGUGGUCCAGGUGAUUCUGGCUGUUGUUGGGGGAAAGAAGAAGAUUAUUGUGAGGCUGGAGAGGGUCAAUGUAUAUAACGUGGAUUACGACAAGGGGAGCUUGGAGACUGCACAGUACUUUUUCCUAGGAGGGUUACCAUCAAACAAGAUGCCAGAGAGUCUCGUGGCCCUGUUCCCAGGUGGAGGCUCAAUCAGAGGCUGCAUGAAGGGCAUCAAAGCCCUGGGUAAAUACGUUGACCUCAAGCGGAUGAGCACAACAGGAGUGAGCUAUGGAUGCACCUCAGAUUUACUGAUCGCGAGGUCAGUUCAGUUUUAUGGAUAUGGAUUCCUAAACAUGACUGUGAAAAAUGUGCACAGCCUGCAGGAGGAUUUCUACACUGGCUUUGGAUUUCGUACAAGCCAGCCCAAUGGACUUUUGUACCAACAUACUACAGAGGAAGGAUCAUGUCAAGUGGCCAUGCAACAUGGCCGCCUAUCCGUCAAGAUUUUGGAUGCAGAAAUGAGAUCCAAAUCUCAGUUUGCCGAUGGAGCAGGUCACUAUCUGACGCUCUACAGCAAUAAUGACGCUGUGAGGUUUUACGUGGAUGACAAACUGCAAGAGACACGGACAUUAGCAGCAGGCACAGGGCUGCCAGACUUAUUAAGCUCAACCCUCCUCCUUGGUGGUUCACAGGUUGAGGGAGAGAUACAGAAUCUGACUGGCUGCAUCAGUAAUGUCUUUGUGAAGAGGAAAGCUGGACCUCAAUCUGUCCUAGAUCUUCAACAGAAUCAGGAGAGCUUGAAUGUUACCAUGAGUUGCCAGGCGCCAAUGGAAGACUGGCCUCAAGAGAUCAGAGCUCCAUUGAAGAAGGGGAAACUGAAACAAAAGCUCCGGCAAAGGAAGCUUGCUGAUCACAAGCACUCGGAGGACUCUUCCUGUUUUCAUCCCAAAGCAGUGAGGGGAGCUCUACGAUUUGGUGGAUCUUCCAGCAGCCACCUGGAAUUCACUAGACUCCCACCUAUCUUCCGAGACAGGUUUCACUUUAGCUUAGACAUCCGUCUGAAUGCCUCCAAUGGGUUGAUCUUUUACGGCCGAGAUGAGAGAAGCAGUUCCUCCCUUUCUCUGUAUGUGUCUAAUGGUCGCUUUGUACUCCAGCUGGUUGUCAUAGGGAAGCCACUGCGUUUGAAAAGCAAAGAAAAGUACAACGAUGGACUCUGGCACACGGUAUUCUUUGGCAAAGAGAAGAAUAAGCUGCACUUGGUCAUAGAUGGCAUUAAAGCCCAGAGUAGCAUGGUGUACCCUGGCGUUACAGCAUCCUUAACUGGUCCUGUCUUCAUCGGAGGUCUCCCACCGCUCAUCAGGAGACCUGAAAUCCCUGAUGUGUCACUCGGCAGUUUCCACGGAUGUCUCAGGAACUUGAAGUUGGAUGGGAAAGAAUUUAACCCCCCAAGCAAAAUCAUGGGGGUCGCCCAGUGCUAUGAAGGGCUCACAGAACAAGGAUUUUUCUUCUCCGAGGGUGGAUUCUUAAAAUUAGACUAUGAAGUGGACUUUGGGCAGAGCUUGGAAGUAAAGCUGGAGAUACGUCCAAUCCACCAUUCAGGCCUCCUUUUCCAUGUGGGAACGGAGGAGGGCCACUCUGUCACCCUUUCCAUGGCUGAGGGGAAGGUCAGUGUGUCUGUAAAUGCUGAAGCAAGUGAAUAUUCCACAUCUGUGAAAUUGCCACAACCAUUGUGUGAUGGACAUUGGCACACAGUUGCAGUGACCAAAGUAAGUAAUGUUAUCCAGCUGGAUGUGGACACUGAGGGAAACCAUGCUGUAGGAGCAAGCCAGACUCAGCCCAUUAGGAGUAAGGGGAUUCUCUACAUCGGAGGAGUGCCAGGAAACAUCCACAGUCCAAGAAAACCACACACAUCCUAUCGAGGCUGCAUGAGGAAUCUCGUUAUUAACCGAAAGCCAGUUGACGUCUCCAUACCUGGAACUUUUGUGGGAUUAGCCGGCACCUAUCUCUGCCCGGCCCUAUGAUCCCAAUGCAAAAAAUGCAAGGACACAAGGCAGCCAACUUAUCUGCUGAAACCUGUGAGACAGACGGUGCUACACUGUGCCAGUAAUGGGUGCGGCUUGGGGGUAAUGGGACAAGAAGGCCCUCGCAGCCCACCUGGAAUUAUGGGUGCUUGGAAAAUAGGAUAUGGUUACCGGAUUUAAACUAUUUCAUGCAGCAGAACCCUAACAGAGAGGUAACCGUUCUACCCUUAAUUUAAAAGUUGCAAACUGCAUUUAUUCCACUAUGCCAUCAUGAUGUUAACCAGCAGUCGAGGAGAGAGGUGCCCCUCAAAAAAGCAGCGGUAGUGAAUUGUGAUUAUUUAACUAUUCCUUACUUGCCUCCAGUGGGUACACAAAUGUUAUACAAUACUGAGGGAAUAUACACAACUCUCUGUUGGACCAAAAAAGCUCAAGCUUGUUUAAAGAAAAAGUUUACUUAAUGCCUGAUAUUAACUUCUGGUUUUAAUUUAUUUUUUCCCUGGAUUUUUGAAUUGUUCUUCUAGUCUGGAUCAAAGCAGUAUCCCAUUGCAGCUAUUGUGACACCCAAACCGCUUCCUAAUUGCUAUGACAAAAGGGCCUAGCGACCAGACGGCAGUUUAAGUUCAAAAAAGGAGAGUCAUAGAGAAAAAAAAAAGAAAACCUACUGCAUAUUGUUUGAGUGCUAGCUUUCCUUUUAACCUUUCAUAUCAUGAACUAUGUGGUUAUCCGACUGGUACAGUGUAUGGGAUCAGUUAUCCGGAAAUCCGCUAUUCAGAAAGCUCCAUUUUAUCCAAAUCUAAAUUUUUAAAAAUGAUUUGCUUUUUCUUUGUAGUAAUAAAACUGUACCUUGUACUUGAUCCCAACUAAAACAUAACAAAUCCUUAUCGGAAGCAAAUUGCGUUUAUUUAAAUUUGACAUGAUUUUCUAGUAGACAACGUGUGAAGAUCCAAAUUACAGAAAGAGCCGUUAUCCGGAAAACCCCAGGUCCCGAGCAUUCUGGAUAACAGGUCCCUUACCCGUACAGUGUUUAAAGGCAUAACUUUAAAUCUCUAAACUGAUAUUCGAUUACUUACUCGGUCGCUUGUAGAGACACUGAAUAUGUUGCAGAUCUGUGAAAUAGAACAUUCUAAAGAAAAGUUAGUUUAAAGGCAAAGAAUGCUCUGUGGGUUUUGUAAACCCCUUUUACAGUCUGAAGAUAAAUGUAACGAUUUACAAACAGGGUAAAUGCUCCCAAUAUUUAGGGUAUCUGCUGCCGGACUACUUAAAUGCAAGCAGUGUGACCUGCUUUCUUGCAAAACACUGUCGGGCACUAAUGUUCCUGUGAAGAUAUUUAUUGUAAGGUUUCCUCCUGUGUUCUACAUUCUCUCUGUGGUAGUACUGCUUGAAUAUAUUUUAUAAUUAUAAAUAUAUAUAUAUAUAUGUAUGUAUUUAAACCUAUUCCAGUCACCUGCACACUUACACAAUAAAUACAUUUGUGUAUAUACUGUAUGCAUGUGUAUAGAUAUUUAAAUACACAACACAAACACCCGAUGUCCGUUUUAGAGGCAAAAAAAAUGCAAAAUUCUAACUUAUAUUACUUGGUAUUUUUUUUAUACAAUUAGAUUCCUGUGGUGUCUGUCUAAACCAUUCACAUGAAAUUUUGUUGAUGGUACAAAUUUUGUCUCAAAUAAAAUCUUGGAUUUUUCUGAUUUUUAAAGGGUUUGUAUUCUCCCCUUUUUAGGAAAUGAGGUUACAAAGGUAAAACGUUCCUUUUCACAUUAAGAAAACCGAAGACUCUAAAACUUUAGUUUUGUGCCAUUUUUAUUCCAUUAUGUACUUGGCUGUUCUGGUUUCCAUGGCCAGUGUCCCCUAGCAACUUGAAAGCUGCGAGGCUAGAUUGUACGGCUGUUAAUUUGUACUGUGUAUGUACUGUGUAUCUUUCUAUUCAGGCUUUUCAUGUUCCACCCUCAUCUGUACGUGGAGUGCUGCAAAAUAAAUGCUGAAUACAUGAACAAAGUAUUUAUUUGGUUAUAAAAAAUAUCUACUUCCUUUAAAUGCUUCAAAGGUAGAGCGUAUUUCCUGGUACUUAGAAUUCUAAUUGAUUUUAUGCAAAAAACCAUAACCUGUUCUUGUUUUGGGGUAGUGGCACAGGAUAGUCCUGCAGCUGGUCGGAUACCCGCAAAAACCUGCAGGUGGUAGUUUCAGGAGCGGG